ACACACACACGAGCACCAUGUCAAGUCUGCCAGUGCGUGUGCGACGCCAGGAUGCGUUGAUGGAAGCGGCGUGUGCAGGGGAUCUCGACACUGUCACGACCUUGCUUCUCGCAGGCACGGACCCAAACACGGCCAACAAAGUUAACGGAUGGACACCACUGCACUGGGCUGCAAAGCGCGGACACAAGGCCGUCGUCGAGUGCUUGCUGCAAAACGGCGCAGACCCACAGCGCACAAACAAGGACGGCAAGACACCGGCAGACAUCGUGCACCAGUCGUGCGCAGCGCUCUUUGGCGUGGACCCAGACGAGCAGCAGGAGAAGCAGACUGGCCCUGACGCCGACAAGCCCGGGUUUGUGCCAUCCUACCUCAAGUACCCCGAGUUCUUCUACGCACGCGCACCCAAGCUGCCGACAGCACAGACGGACACGCAACAACGGGGCCAGGACGACAAAGGCGGCACGGAGCAGGAGAAGGGGGACGGCAUGAACACGGCAGCACCUCAGGGCAUGCCCCACACCGAACAGCCCAACGUGAGCACACCACCACCAGAAAUGACGGCCGACAACACCUUCUUUGACGUGGCCCUUGUACAUGAGCGCCUUACCAUCUCCGCCGUCGCUGUUCCGGGCACCACCCUCAUCAAGGACAUCAUGACCCAGCUCUACCCAAAGGCAACAGGCGCACCGGAACACAUCUAUGCGGACAAGGCGGCCGGCAUCCGCCUGCUGCCGUCCCAGACGGUGUUUGAGGCGUUCAGGGGCCUCGCGCUGCGACAACAGCUCAUGGCCGCGCACAGGAAGCAGCUGGAGAAGGAGCAGGCUUUGCAGCUGCAGCAGCAGGAGCAAAGUGGGGGCGACCACAUCGCACAGUAUCAACAGCAGCUGUCACAGCACCAGCAACUCACUGAGCAGCAGUCGGUGUUCACGCAGGACCUUGGUCAGUUGAGGGAGCCUUUACACACGCGCACCGGACACUACGCCCAGCUAGCCAUCUUCGUCUAGCACUAGCACACACACACACACACACACACACACACACACA